AAAAAAAAAAAAAAAAAAUAUUUUAUUCACUUUAUUAAAUAAAUUAUAUACACAUAUACAUAACAUAAAUGGGUAGAAGUUUAAGAUCACAAAGCAAAAAGAGAACAAGAGCUAUUAAGAGAGAACAAGUAUUUAAGCCUGUUGAAGAUGCUCGUCUCGAACGUUUAGCAAAAGCACAAGCUGAAGCCGCUAAAAAGCCUAGUGUUGGUGAUUUUAUGGAAGCAGAUAAAGAUGAAUCAGUGUUAACUACAACAAAUGCUGAUGCCAUGACAGAUGGAGAGGAAAUUAAGAAAAAGAUUUCUACUAGUGGGCCUCGUAAUAGUCGACAUGCUAGAAAGUUAAAAGCAAAGAAAAAGAAGGGAAAGAAGUCUUCUCUCAAGUUUUAGAAUAUUUAAUUUUUUACUUUAUUCUUUUUUGUAAUUAUUGUAUAUCAUGUUUUUUUUUUCUUUAAAUCAAUAAAUUAUCAUGUCAAGGAACAAUGUUAAAGUAAAA